AUGUUCAGUAUACAACUGUCAGGUUUUGCUGUCGUUGCCAUAGCAACACUGAGUUGUGCGUUUGCUCAAAGCACCAACUGGCGUCGCCCGAAUGAAACUUUUUCUAGUGAAUCGGCAAACGAUCGUGUUCAACGGCUAGGAUUGACCACCGGUUACGGUGGUCUUAACGGUUAUGGCUAUUCCAGUUCAGGGGUAGGUGGCUACGCUCCGUUGAAAAUCGAUCUAGGUGGAGUGGUUCUUGGUACAUUGGUCGGGAUAGGAGCGCUGCUCAUCCUGCCUAAGCUGGUUAGCGCGUUUGGUGGCGGAGGUUACGGUGGCCAUUACCGCAGUGCCGAUUCCAACGAUCUCACUGGAGUUACCGAAAUGCUGAAUAAGGUGGACGAUUUUCUGGCUCAGAACAACAUCGAUUCGGGUUCCUGCAUGCAGAAAGCAAUCUGUAGCUACGUGCGGUCCUCGGAUUACCACAUGCAAGUGGGAACGGCUGAUCAGAUUGAACACAUGAUACUGGCCUUAUCUGAGAAUUCCUUGGUGGACUACAUGCUAGAUGGGACCGCCAUCAAGGAAGCGAUCAAAAAUGGCAAACAACAAAGUGCACGAACUUGUGACGAUCUGUACAAAACUUGUCCUCUGGAUAGACAAUCUGCGCUGCAAGUGUUUAAAAAAAUGUUUCCUUUAGGAGGAAACUAA